AUGACGUGGUAUCGAUCAUCCGCUAUUAAAACCUUGCUGUUGAAGGCAAAAGAUGAAAUAAAUUCAAAAACAAAACCAAAAAUUCCCCAACUUGUAAAGUUUGAUCGGAGAUGUCGUCGGCGCAAAUGGAUCCACACGACAACUCAAGUCGCGAGAGGCCAGCAAGCACCAAGACCAGCUCACGCUCCCGGCACGGUAUCGCCGCCACCGCAAAACGAGGCAACUUUUAGAGCUAAGAGAGGAGAGGACGGUGGACAAGAGAAAGACUCGGAGGCGGAUGAGCGGUCUCCGGUGACUAAUGAAACACGACAUUGUUUCAAUCGAUACAUGCAAUACCAUAAGUGUAUUGAGAAAAAUGGAAGAGAUGCUAAUGAUUGCAACAACUUAAGAGAUUAUGUGCGUUCAAUGUGUCCCAAAGAAUUGGUUGAAACAUGGGAGGAACAGAGAAAAUCUGUGAUAGAGAGUGGAAACUUAAUUAACGUACGUUUUCUCGUACGAGAAUCCUAGAUUUGUAGGAGAACUCAGAUUCACGAACGGAUCAAGAACGAUAUCGACGUGGUUUUGCAAAUCUUCCUUGUAGGGAUUGAAUAUAAGUUCUUAGGUUGAGAGUCUCCUCUCUACGUUUUA